AUGCCUGAAACCCCAGAGCCUGCUGCCAUGCCAGAUCCACCUCGCUGUCGGUUUCUUUGUUUGACAAUCUGUGGUUACCGUAAGCCAGGCAUGAGCGAAGAAGACUAUCGAAACCACAUGAUCAACGUCUCUGUUCCCCUAACAAAAGAUCUGAUGGUGAAAUACGGCAUCAGGAGAUGGACUCAGAUUCACAAUCAAACCAAUACACGCGAACUCAUGUCGCAUCUUUUUGACCCCCAAAUGUGUAACGUUGCCGACUACGAUUGCUUCAGCCAGGUUGUUUUCGAAUCUAUUGAGGAUUACAAGCGAAUGAAGCAGGAUUCUUGGUACAAGGAACACCUUUUCAACGAUCACCUCAAGUUUGCCGAUACAAAUAGGAGCCAAAUGACCAUUGGAUGGAUUGAGGAUUUCAUACGGGAUGGGCAGGUUGUCCAAGAGUCUUCAUUUUAG